CCUGAUUCUGCUAUCAGCCUACGGAGGAGAGGGACGGAGCGAGCAGCCUGUGGCGGACGCUGGCCGGAUGGUUAAAUCCAACCUACAGACGAUUUUAAAUAGUCAUUGUUUUGUAAGAGAAAAAGAAAGAAACUUAUCCGAGAUGCCUGUCAUUGAGCAGUCCGGUAAUAAACCCGAAAGUAUCUCCAGUCCCAGGAGGUGCUCCCGCUGUUGCAGUAACCCGUGUCCGGGGCCUCUGUGGUGCUCCGAUGCCCCUCUCCCACCCCUGAAGAUCCCAGGUGGGCGAGGGAAUGACCAGCGGGAUCGCAAUCUUUCAGCUAAGCUAUUCUACUCUGAUGCUCAUUUAUUGGUUCUUGAAGAGCCUCCCCCUGCAAACAGCAGAGUGCGUUUCUUGCUCUUUGAGCCCCGUCGCACUGAAGGCAAACAUUGUGUCUGGAGGGCUGCAGUGAAAGGGGGGAACCUUUAUGUUGAAAUCCCCUCUGGAGCUUUGCCCGAGGGCAGCAAAGACAGUUUUGCACUUUUGCUGGAAUUUGCAGAAGAACAGCUGCAGGCUGAUCACGUGUUUAUCUGCUUUCACAAGAACCGUGAUGACAGAGCAUCCUUGCUGCGUACCUUCAGUUACCUGGGCUUUGAGAUUGUUAGACCGGGUCAUCCUCUCGUCCCCUCCCGACCUGACGCUUUCUUCAUGGCUUACAGCAUCGAGCGAGACUCCUCUGAUGACGAAUAAAAAUAACGCUGAGCAGUUACAAAUGUUUGUUCCCAUUUCAAUCGAUACAAUUCAUCAGUUCUAGAAAUGAAUAUAUUCUAGUCAUCCAGUGUGGUUGAGGUUUCCUGUUUUAAGCUCGUUUAUCAUUGCCUUUACCUUAUGUGUGCUGUUUCAGUGAAGAGUUGCACAAAAGUUUAAAUGUUUAACAGAGCAGGGAAGUAAAGCAGAAGCCUGGAUGAUGGCAGGGCAUUACAUUCUGACCAUUCAAUUUGUCAUGUUCUGGUUUUGUCCUACCCCUGAAAUCUAUCUCCAGUGUAUUUAAGAUCAAUCAGAAUCUUACUCAUGUAAGUAGGUGUUUUCGUAGUAAUUAUCAGUUGAUUUUGCUGUUGAUAACUUUUUUUUUUAUGUGUGCAUGGUUUUAAUUUUUUGAUCCACUCAGUAGAGAUCUGCAUGUUGUAACUACUAAUAAAAGUGCUCACCUUA